GUGGGGGCUUCCUUAACGCGUUGUCUACACAAGCGACAGGUAUGGCUUUUGCUCAGCAGCAUCUUCACAUCAGGAUUAUCUUCCAUUCCGCACACAGCACGAGAGAAAGAGACAGUAUACCUACACAAAGCAAGGUCUUCAUGUAUUCACAUGAAAUACUUACAAAGCAAUAAAGAUGUGCAAUCUAAUGAUUCUAUAUUAUAAUAGAUGUGACACCUCUAGACUUGAAUUUUCUAACGAUUUAUCUAUUCUCUGUGUUGUCUUCAGUUAAUAAUAAGCACAUUAUGGCUCGCCAAAUUUCGUUAGUUUUUGUUACUUUUCUCACAGUCGCAAGCUCUGUGGCUGCCAUAAUACACGAAUCAUUGUGUCCUAAUCUCACUGAAAAUGCUGUCGACCUUGGCUAUGCAAAGUAUGUUUCAUCUACCAAUGGAUUAGGAGUAAAUGAAUUUCUCGGAAUGCGUUUUGCAGCCCCUCCUCUUGGAGACUUAAGGUUUCGUGCACCUCAGGAUGCUUUGCCUGAAAAUGAGACUAUUAAGGCAGACAAAUAUGGUCCAGUCUGCCUGCCCGUCCACCUCCAUUCGUUCAUACCAUCGACGCCGGCUGAUGAAGAUUGCUUAUUCAUCAACGUGUUUUCUCCGAACAUGACCACACACUCAUCUCUUCUGCCGGUCGUAAUUUGGAUCCAGGGCGGUUCGCAUAAUACAAACUUCGAUGCCAAUUUUAACGGCUCUAGCUUGAUCAGAGCAAGUGACAACAAUAUGGUUGUCGUCACCUUUAACUACCGUGUUGGGCCGUACGGCUUCCUCGCUAGCGAGGAUAUCCGGAACGAAGGGGAUUUGAACGUCGGUUUGCUUGAUCAGCGAAAGGCUAUGGAGUGGACUAAGAAGAAUAUCGCCUUAUUUGGAGGGAACCCGGAACAUAUUGUUCUUAUGGGAACAUCUUCGGGGGCAGGUAGCGUCUUAUAUCAUUUAGCUGCCUAUAAUGGCAAGCCUACAGAUUUGUUCGUUGGGGCGAUUGCGUCGUCUUCUUGGUUGACGCACGUUUUGCCAGUCUCGGAUAUCGAAUUCCAGUAUAGAGAUCUUCUACGCGCUACUAAUUGUAGUGACGUUACCUGCCUUAGGGGACUCCCAGGAAAACAGCUCCAGGCGGCCAAUAUAGCUUGGCCAAACUUUGAGUCUAAUGAGUUGGCGGCCUUCACUUACGCUCCUUGCAUCGAUGGCUCUUUGUUUACUGAUACCCCAGUCUCAAUGAUCAAGAGUGGUAAUUUCGUCUCCGUUCCUUUACUUCUUGGAAAUACAGAAGAUGAAGGUACGGUUUUCAACUUUGAGGCCAACACGACAAAACAAGCUUCAGAUGUCCUAAAAGCCCAAUAUCCGCCUCUAACAGCGAAAGAUCUACACGCGAUACAUAGAAUCUAUCCUUUUGACGCGGCACACCAGUACCCCAACCAUGCUCCGUUCUUUGCAUCACUGUCAGCUGCCUAUGGAGAGGGCAUAAUGACUUGUCCAAGCUUGGAUGUAGCAAGAGCUAUGAGCUCGAGACCUGCGUCUGCGGCUGAGGUGUGGAACUACCGCUUCAAUGUUCGUGAUCCUGCGAAUAUCGCAAGUGGCCUUGGCGUUCCACACACCUGGGAAAUUGAUGCAGUUUGGGGACCAGGAUUUGCCGCGAACCCGAAAGGUAGUAACAGCUACUCGAAUGUCGAUGCUUCUAUUGUACCGGUGGUUCAAGGCUACUGGCAAAGCUUCAUCAGAUCUCUGAAUCCAAAUACAUAUAGAGCGGAAGGCAGUCCUGAGUGGGAGCGUUUCAUGACAGACAACUGGCUAUUGAUUCAAACUAAUGCUACUAGAAUGGCUACCCAGAACCAGACGGAGACUGAUCGUUGUCAAUUUUGGAGCUCUAUUAGUGCUUCUGCUCUGAGCCAAUAACAUGAUUAUGAAGAUACAGUGGACUAUUUCGCCACUGUCGGAUUGCAAGAAUAGUGACCACUACAUGCGGCCCACCAGCACUUUCUGUAUCAAAACUUACAUCAUUUUAACAAUCAAAAUCAACAAGCAAGUGAUUCA